AUGAUUGAUUUUGUCAGAGCUGACAAUAUUAUAAUCACAGAUAUAACAAAUAAUUCAUCAUCAGUAGCCGAAAUUCACACACCAGUCGAAGUUGCACAUAAAGCUGAAGAAGAAGCACGUCAAGAACGGGCUUCAGAUAAAGAAAUCGAAGAACAUGCACAUAAAGAAGCAGAUCUUGUAAAACAAGACUUUGAAAAACUGCAAGAAAUUAAAAAAUAA